GCAGAGGGGGCGUUUCUGGUGGAAACUGAGGAAGGGGGCGUGGUCGAUGUAUGCAAACGAUCCACGCCCCCGAGCGCCUUUCCCCCGUGAGCGGUGACGUCACACGAGCGGCCCGUGUUGGUUCCAGCUGACUGGCAGAGAGAGAGAGAGAGAGAGAGAGAGAGAGAGUCGAAAAUAGAGAGAGGUGUGAGUGUGUGUGUGUGUGAGAGAGAGAGGGAGAGAGAGGGAGGAAAAUAAGAGCCAUCAGUCUCAUCUAUCUGACUCUCAUACUACUGGAUAUUAUUAUUUUUGGGGGGGUCUCUUUAUUUCUUUCAUCGCAUUUUUUCGCUCAUAUUUAAUCCAAAGUUGAUUUCCGUGUUUUUGUUUUUAUUUUUGAUCCACUCUGGAGACUUGUCGCUCCGUCUAAUCCUCUUUCUGCACUCUUUGCUGUGGACCCACACGGAUCCGCGUUUUCAGCUUUCAGGACUAAGAUCCUCCACGACCGUGAGCCGCCGUUUCACCUCCACUCACUCACCGGGGAGAAGAGGGACUGGGGGGGUCCGGUCCUGCGCGUCCAGGAUCCAAGAGGUGACAGCAACUCCCGAAGGCUGAGAGGAUGAUUUAAUCUGCCAUCAUGCUGCCAUUUUGGAGAUAAAUCCCCCUUUCUUUUUCUUUUUUUGACAUUUCUUUCUUCACUUCAUGGGACGGGCGGAGCGGCGGGACCUCAGGUGGAGAUCUUGAGCGCACCUUUCUGACGGCGCGCCUCUCAAUUAGCGUCACUAAUUGGAUUAUUUUGAUCUUGAACUCAACAGUCUGCAGGUAGCUCCUCUCCACCUUCUCCUCCUCCUCCUCCUCCCCUAACCCCCCCCCCUCCUCCUCCUUCUCCUUCUAGAAGUUAUGUCAAGGCCUCUCACUCAACUCCUACCGCCGGAUCUCCCUGCCGGGGCAACAAGCCCCCAGUUCGGGGCCAGUAACCCGGCCGUAAGCGGCCCCCAAGGUGCACACCUGACCUCCAUGACCAACCUGAAGUCCCUGCUCCAGCUGCCAAUCAAGGCCGACCAGAGAGUGACCAAGGACUGCAGCGAGAUGAAAGACAAAGACAAGCCCGCAGACUCUGACGAGGACUCUGCGAGUGUUAACCCCGGACCCGGUGGGCCGGGCGGAGCCCCCGGCUCUCUACGUUCGAGCUCCCAGUCGGCCUUCCUGGGCCCCCUGCUGUGGGAGAGGACCCUGCCGUGUGACGGGGGUCUGUUCCAGCUGCAGUACAUGGACCUGGAGGAGUUCCUGACGGAGAACGGGAUGGGGAUGCACAGUAACGGACCGAGCUCCACCAGCGCCCAGAUCCCCUCCCAGAGCUCCCAGUCGGCUGUCCCCAACCAGAGCUCCCAGUGCCCGCCGAGCUCUCCUUCACCCUGCUCUUCUUCCUCCUCCUCCUCCUCCAUGUCCUCUUCAUCCUCCUCAUCCUCGCUGCUCGGACUGGAGACCGUCCAGCCGCAACCACCGCCGCAGCCACCUCAGCCACAGCAGCAAGGCAUGAUGGGAGGACCGGAGUGUCUACACGGUGGUCAGGCCGUUCCUCAGGACCCGUCGCCCUCCUCCACCUGUCCUCCAGGACCCCCCGGACCUCCGGCGGGAGCCAACGGCAGCAGCGACGUCAUGGUGAACUUUGACCCGGACCCCGCAGACCUGGCGCUGUCCAGCGUGCCGGGCCAGGAGGCGUUCGACCCGCGACGGCACCGAUUCUCCGACGAGGAGCUGAAACCUCAGCCGAUGAUCAAGAAGGCUCGAAAGAUGCUGGUGCCCAACGAACAGAAGAAGGACGAGAAGUACUGGUGCCGGCGCGUCAAGAACAACGAGGCGGCCAAACGCUCUCGGGACGCCAGGCGGCUGAAGGAGAACCAGAUCUCUGUGCGCGCCGCCUUCCUGGAGAGAGAGAACGCCACGCUCCGCCAGGAGGUCGCCGACAUGCGGAAAGAGCUGGGCCGCUGCAGGAACAUCAUCAACAAGUACGAGAGCCGACACGGAGACUUGUGAGGCGGCGAGGGACUGGAGAAGACGGCGAUGAAGGAGGGCGGGUUUGGGGGAGGGGGGGAGGAGGAUUUCAGAAAAAAGGGUUUCAAGGCAACCCGACAACAGCAGCACUUUAGUUGAAGUGGUGGAGUGGGCGGAGCCGGCGUAGACCUGCAGUGAGCGCUGUGCGACACCGGGCUGUUUUUAAACGUGCGCGCUGUGCUUCAGGAUUGCACGCCAGGACAGCACGGCGACGCCCCCUUUUUUUCCAGUGUGACUCUCUUUAGUCUCUUUGAACCCUCACAAUGUACUGUAUCACCCCGCGUCCCCUCGGCAGCUCACCUCACCCCCUCGGUGCUGUGCUCACGGCCAGGUGUCGCAUGGCGUUCCUCGCAGGUAGUGCGUCCCGGCCGCCGCUCCGGCCCCGUUCAAUCAGCGUGUUGAAUUCACAUUAUGCCAGUGAAAUCUCACUUUUUAAGCUCAAGGCACGGAUACAAGCCAGGGGAGGUCGGAUGUGUAAUUUUUUUCUAAAUAUAGGACAAAAAAAUCGUGUAUAUUUUUGAACUGGGCAGGAAGGCGGGACUAGUGCGGCGAGGAGGCGGUGUCGGCAGGAGGAGGUGCAGGGGGCGGUCCUUAAGGCAAAGAGAUUUUGACAUUAUUGUAUAUUUUUCUAUUCGCAGAGAUAGUCGACCGCAGGAGGAUUUUGGAGAUAAUCUUUUGUAUAUUUUCUAUAUGGGGCGGGGGCGGGGGAGGGGGCGGGGCUUCAAGCUGGACAGUCAACGGGGCCACAUUUACGCUUUCUCCUCCCAGCUGUUUUAUCGCUAAAACAACAAAUAAAAAUCUAUUUUCAAAUUUCACGGAGCUGGUCGAUCGGUAGAGGCGAGGCGUCUUCAGAGAAUGUAUCACGGCUGAUUCAGGUAUUUCACACGGUGCGUGGCGAGGGGGCGGGAUCUUAGUAACGAUUGUUUUGAGGCAUCGGGGCGCGUCGGGAGGAAGACGGUGAAACAAAAAAAAAAUGUAUAGUUUAAAGAAACGUUCGUGUUUGUUUUCUUUUUCCCUGUGCUCGCUCGAGCGCUCGAUUCGUUCUCUUCUCUUUGAUUCCGUGUCUGGUUUUUGAUUCACGGCGAGCGGGCGGCGUGCGUGCGGGCGGGCGGGCGGCGUUUGAUUUAAAGGACGGUGACGGGGUAGACAGGAGUUAAUUAGCCAUCAGAACAGCUGCACGUGAGCAGAUGUUUGAAAUCAUACGAGGUGGACGAUUUCGCUGGCAAGGUUUUUGCAUUUUACUUUGUGUCUUGCUCACACAAACAAACACACACACACACACACACACACACACACACACACACACACACACACACACACACAUUUUAUUAACAACAACACUACGUGGUUGCGGUCUUUCUCUCUCUAUUUACUCCUCGUUUUGUCCAGGACGUGCAAAAAUGAAAUACUGACUGGUGUCGGGUGGAUGAGCCCGACUUGAACAGUGACUGAAACCUUCAGCAUGCACACACACACACACACACACACACACACACACACACACACACACACACACACACACACACACACACACACACACCCAGGUUUGAACCCUUAUCGUCGUUGUUGAUGUUGUUAUGGACUUCUAUGGUGCUGAUCUGUUUGAUCCUUCACCUGACACACACACACACACACACACACACACACACACACACACACACACACACACACACAUCUGAAAACACUUCCAAACACCGUUCUGAACUGCCUAAACCCUUUCUUUGUCUUUAACUCUUUUCAGUUGGUUUUCUUUUCUCUCUCUCUCUCUCUCUCUCUCUCUUGGAUAAAUCGUAUAUUUAGAUCUACACACAAACACGUGUCUAUACCUCUCCUUCAAACUUUACCCAAUGAGGAACGAGAAAUGCACCCUACUGCUACUGUACCAUAAAACUGUACUAUUGAAUAUUGAGCUAUUCUCUCACUAGAUAUAAAUAUAUAUAUGUAUAUGAUAUAUGCUUGAAUUAUGUGAUUAUAGUUGUAAUAUACAUAAUUGAAUAUAUUACAGAAAAACCCAUUCGAAUCAUUUUGUCCGUUUUUUCUCAGGUGUUUAUUUUUGUCUGAGGUAUUAAAUACACAUAUAUAAAAAAAACACACACACAAGACGUCUGAUUGGAUGACAGAAUUUGUGCUCUAUGUUUUUUUCCCGGGGGAUUUAUAUAUUUGAUUUUUUCCCCGUUAUGACUCAUUUCAAACCCGAUGGCUGAUGUUGUUAUGAUUCUGUUUUACCUCACUUCAGAACAACAGUCACUAAACUCCGCCCCCAUCCCCUUGGUUACUGUUGCUAUGCUCAUCAGGAAUCGCAUUCUAGAACUUUGCACGGUCUGUUGCCGGGACAACAGGUUCAGACUUCCCUGUCCUCGAUUUUAAACAGAAAUGUAAAGAAGCAGCUUCAUGGUUUGACAUCACGUUAGCUAAGCUGGCUAAAUAUAUCACCGGCAUUAUACCAAAAAAUAAGUCAACACUAACUCUGUUUACAUCGACUUGAGUCUCCUGGUUUUAGAGUUUGUCUGAGUAAACAUCAAAUCUUGAUUUAAGAAAUCUGGAUCAUCCCAAGCAGCAACUUCUUGAGUUGAAACAUGAAGCCGAUGCUGAAGUGUAAAUCCUGCAGUUCCUGGAGUGUCCACUAGAGGCUGGCUGCAGAAGCACAGGAAGUCACAUACACACCCAUUCUAAAAAGCCUGUUUUUACAGCAGAGAUUAACAUGUUUACAGCCUGGUUCAAAAACCAAAUAGGUGUGAUUAGCUCAUGUCUCGAUGGACACACACUGUAUGGGGGGUGAAUGUUUUGAUGACUCAUCAGUUUUGAUUUGAUGAAGGAUAAGAGUUAUUCACAAGAAGGCGUGUAGCUGACCUGAUUGACAGGUGGGCGCGGUGUAACGGUUUGUCAGGAGGUUUAAAACCCGCCUCAGCUCCAGCGCUCAGCCUGUCGUUAGGUUGACUGAAAGUUAGACUGAGACAGCAUUUCCAGCAUGGAGACCACCAUCGAUGGGACUCCAGCGCCCCCUGCAGGGACAGACGGGGGACGCCAUCGAUGGGACUCCAGCGCCCCCUGCAGGGACAGACCGGGAUACUCAAGUCCAUGUAAACUCAAUCACUGAGAUGUGAAUUUAGAUUUAUGAGGGGAAACAACACGUCCAUGAGUACAUACUCGUCCUUCUACACAGCGGGGAAGUGACAAAGUUUUUGCUAAAUGAAAGUUUAAAACUUUCCUAAAUUCAACAAAAGCAAGUUCCAGCUUUUAACGUUUAAGCUUAAAUUCUAAUAAAUCCGUAAAUAGCAUCCAAGAAGGAAAGCUAAGUACGUUAACAUUUGACCCGAGCAAUUACAGAAGGGUUCUUAUUCAUCAAGUUAGCAUGCUAAUGCAAGGAAGCUCAUGUUAAGGAAUCCAAACCUCAACAGAUUUGCUAAACUAAGCUAAGCUAAGUGUGGACUGAUAUGAUUGGGGGAGGGGCUUAGUGAACAGUUCACGUAGAGCUGCUGUGACUUUAAUGAAGCGAUGGAAACUAAAGUGUGUUAUCGUAGUUGUUAACAUGAUGAUGACUGUUGAUGUUCAUUAUUUUUCUUUGUUGGUUUUAUGAGCCAGUUUGUUUUCUUAAGGGGAAUCUGAGACUUUCACAUAAUUAUUGUUUUAAUUCCCAACAACAACAACAAGAACAACAACAACAAUGCACAGCCGAUUCCGUUUGUUUGCAGACGACACCAUGACUUACAGUAAGCUAACCCAAGGUGUAUUGUGGGAGCUGUAGUUCUAUAUUGAUAUAUAUAUAUAUAUAUAUAUAUAUAUAAAUAUUUUUCCUUUUUCUUGUCUUUAUUUUUGGGGAAUUUGUGGAAACCUGACACACACAGACACAAACUUUUGAAUUGAAAUCCCUGGAAGAAGAAAAGUCUCCGAGCUGCUUACGUUUCCACCGAUGGAUGGAAGAAGAAAGCCAUGAGUAGUUUUUCUUUUUUGAUAAUCUGGGGUUUUUUGGAUUUCCUCACAGACGUUUCAGAAACUUUUUGACAGUGCUAUUUUUCUAUGUAACUGUGUUGUUGAGCGUGUUACAAACUUUUUCUCGUGGGCCAUUGGGGCGCACUCUUCACAUGUUGGCAGCGACAGUUUCCAGCUGGACCAUCAAACAGCAUUGCGGGUAAUAAUGACAAUAAUAAUGAUGAUGAAAAAAAAACCAAUAUUGUACACAGCCUUGUUAUUUCCUUCAACUUUGUGGAUUCUCAGCUAACUUCUCCAUGUUGUGACUGACUGUUAUGAACUACAAGUCCCAUGAGCGCAACACUUCCCCGACUCCUCACCAGUAUUGUGUGCUGUCCACGGGGAUGAUGGCAUAUGUGGUUUGGCUUUUUCCCCCCAAACACCAAUAAAGGCUUAUCCUUACUCACCGA